GUCGCGAGUGUGGGGUCAUCUCUGCUUUGCGUGUUUUGCCGCCAAAAUCUUACUGAGUUCGAUCAUCGGAAACGAGAAAGCUAUUGAAAGCUAUCUCAUCAUUCUCAUCUUGCACAGACCAGCAUCGACGCUCGUCAGUUUUCCUUGAUCGAUAGGCUGAGCAAUUACGUUCGGAUAACAAGUGUUUUCAAAAUGACAUCGAUAAGAAAUUGGACGCCGGAAUACUUUGUCGCGAAUCAGUCGGAAUGUCAGCGGGUUUUAGAAGAUCCGGGUGUACUUACGGAAAUACCUUUAUUGAACAACGUUCAAUCGCAUGAAAUCAAGGAUAAAGAGUUGGUCAGAUUCCGAGGGAUGAUUCAGGAUAUGUAUAAUCCUGAAUAUUAUUUAAAGGAGUAUGAAGUGAAGAAUACAGACACUGGGAAUAUUGAUGUUAGAUGUGGAAUGUAUAUGGAUUUUGCUCGAUGUCUGCCACAUGAAGAGAUAUUGUUGUAUUCCAACAAGAAUAAAAACUCGGAAAGACAAACUUACAUUGUAAUCUCUAUACCUGGGUUAAAUGAUUGGGCAAAAGAAAGAACUACAAGUAUUCACACGUCUGAUACGACACAUAAUAACAGUAUUGGAAACAGUAAAAGAAAUCUGGAUAAUAAUGAUUUAGAGGAAAUGGAUUGUUCGGAACCUGUUACAAAAAAAGAGAAAGUCUUGGAUAACAAUGAUGUAAAUAUGAGCGGCGCUCAUUGCAGUACAAAAACUCCAAGUAUGUUAUCAGAAGAUCACAUAUUGAAUUUUCCGAUCCCAAUCGAUGGAGGAAAGUCUUGCAUAGUAAAGAUUUACGAUGGAAUUAUUUUAAAACUGAACCAAGUUAUCGACGUGAUAGGGUUCAUAUCGUUGGAUCCAAUGUUAAGUACAAUUCAUGGUUCAGAUGAUGAAAUGAACGAUGCUGAGAUACAUACUCAUAAUCCUCCUGCUUCCCUGGUACCUCGGUUGCACGCAGUAAAAAUAAUCGAGCUAACAAAACCUACAAUUGUAAAUGGUCCGGAAAUUAUAUCUAAAGCGCAGCUGAUCAGGAGUGAUUUGCACAUAAUGUUGAGUCAAUUGCUGUUUGGAGAUAACUUAGCUGCGGAUUACUUCAUAUGCCACUUGCUCUCUACAAUAUACAUGAGGAGAGAUUAUUUCUGUCUUGGUGCAUUUCCGCUGAAUAUAACGAAUUUUCCAGCGAGUAAAUUAAAGAUUUUUCCAAAAGAGUUUUAUAAUUUUUUAACGUUAUUGGUAAGGAAGAGCCACUUCUUGGAAGUGACUUUGGAAAAUUUGAACGAACUAGCUUUAAUCCCGAAGAAAGAUUACGAAUGCAAUAGACUGACGAGUGGUGUUCUCCAACUGAGCAAUAAUACACACCUUGUGAUAGACGAAACAAGCUUAAACACUGGUACACUUACCGCGACCGGCAAAGAGAAUUACAAGUGUCUCUCUGAUUUACUCAUGUUUCAAAAACUGACAUACGACUUCAAGUAUUACACGAUGGAAUACGAAACGGACAUGCCAAUUCUAAUCUUUUCUGAUGUAAAAUCAUUUAUUCCUUGUCCCAUACAGAUUAUUUUAAAUGUUGAUGCGGACUCGGAAAAUUUAUAUAAUCAGGUAGUUGAAGCCGCACAUCAAUACUUGAAGGACGAGAGUCGAUUGGCGAAUAUUCGCCAGUACAUAGAAACUUUGAGGCAUGCAGAAUUUGUUUUCAACGAAGAAGUUACAGAAGUUAUCCAAGAUGAUUUUGUGAAAAUGCGCAGUGCAAACAAGAAUAUAGAUGCAGACAAUUUACACACAUUAAUGGUUUUCGCUAGACUGAUGUCCUUGUCUUAUGGGCAAACAACGCUGGAUACAGAAUGCUGGAAGAAAACUGUGCAAUUGGAAAUGGAAAGAAUGAGCAGGUUGCCACAGCGCAGAAGGUAAUCGUGGGGCCCAAAAAUGAAUCGUAAUAGCGAUUGUACAUUAAGUCAUAUAAUACAGAUAUUUAUUUUCUACGUAACUUUGUAAUUAUCUUAUUAAUGUAAAAAUUAUGUACCAUUUUAUAUACAUACAUUUUUUAUAUUGUUAAUUACUCUAUGAAACAGGACGGAAAUUUAAUUCAACUUGUAUUUAUAUACAGGCAAAGAUCAUAUAGUUACUUUAGUAAAUAAAAUUUUACUAAUGAAUAUUA